AUGGCGUCAACAACAGCGUCUGUACCUCCGUCGAAGCCACUGUAUCAAUAUGAGGAGUCUCUGCGAAAAAACGUAGCACAAAUUACUUGUGUGAGACCUUACUCGGAACUGGAAGAGACGGAGAAGUUGUUAUUCAAGGCCGGCACGAACGAUACACAAGUCCUCGAGACCCACGAAACUAUCUUCUACGCACAAGGAGGCGGGCAGCCCUGUGAUAUUGGCCACAUUUCAGCUCUAGGCCAAGAAGGAGUAAGAUUCGAAGUACAGCUUGUGAGGUCAGGUGCCAAUGGCAGGACCUUGCAUUUUGGUCACUUCACCAAUAGCUCAGAUAACAGCACAAUUUCCAAGGGCUUUGCAGUUGGUGCUAUGGUCGAACAGACUCUAGAUGGCGCAAGACGAGAUCUCCAUAGUCGCAUACACACAGCCGGCCACCUCGUUGCCCUCGCCGUCCUACGACUAUCUGAGACCACGGCAGAGUUGAAGGUAGUGGACGAUAAAGCUCAACACUACCCCGAAACCUCAUUCGUCGAGUUCAAGGGCGUCAUAGACAGCAAAUUCAAGGACGCAAUACAAGAUCAGGCCAAUGAAUUUGUGCGGCAAGCUCUGCCUGUGAAGUUGUACUGGCUGAAGCCCGAAGAGCUGAAAGGUAGUGAUGUGAUUUUAGCGGAGGGUAUGCCUAUCUUGUCAGGUCUGGAUGGCAUGGUCAGGAUAGUGGAUAUCGUGGGCGCGGGAGCGUAUCCCUGUGGUGGGACGCAUACGCAGGAUUCGAGUCUUGUGGGACAGAUUACUGUGAAGGGCAUCAAGAGGCAGAAGGGUGUCAGUAAGGUCAGCUAUUUCGUCGAAGGGCAGAGGUGA